AUGGAAACCCCCGGGCCACAGCGGGAAGUCAACCAAAAUUUCUUCCCAGAACAGAUGGUUACUUGGUGCCAGCAGCCCAACGGCGGUCACAACCAGCUGUUGCAGAACUUUCUCAACUGCAGUAGCUGUCCUGAAAUUCAGGGGUUCUUGCACGUGAAGGAUCUGGGGAAGAAGUCAUGGCGAAAGCUGUACGUGUGUUUGCGGAGAUCAGGCCUCUACUGCUCCACUAAAGGAGUGUCAAAGGAGCCCAGACACCUGCAGCUGCUGGCGGGCUUGGAGGACAGCAGCAUAUUCUCCCUGAUCGCUGGCAGGAAGCAGUACUGCGCCCCCACGGACUAUGGCUUCUGCAUAAAGCCCAACAAAGUCAGGAGCGAGACGAAGGAGCUGCGGCUGCUGUGUGCCGAGGACGAACAGGGCAGAACUUGCUGGAUGACGGCGUGCAGGCUCCUCAAGUACGGGAUGCUCCUGUACCAGAACUACAGGAUCCCGCCACAGCGGAAGCCCCUGCUCCCCUCCUUCUCCACGCCAGUGCGCAGCGUCUCUGAGAACUCCCUCGUGGCCAUGGAUUUUUCCGGGCAAACAGGAAGAGUGAUCGAGAACCCGGCCGAAGCCCAGAGUGCAGCCCUGGAGGAAGGCCACGCCUGGAGGAAACGGAGCACACGGAUGAAUAUCCUCAGCAGCCAAAGCCCCCUCCAGCCGUCCACCCUGAGUACGGUGAUUCAUCGGACACAGCACUGGUUUCACGGCCACAUCUCCAGGGAGGAGUCACACAGGAUCAUUAAGCAGCAGGGGCUGGUGGACGGGCUUUUUCUCCUCCGAGACAGCCAGAGCAAUCCAAAGGCUUUUGUGCUCACGCUGUGUCAUCAUCAGAAAAUUAAAAAUUUCCAGAUCCUUCCUUCUGGCGGCCACGGAAAGUUCCAGAAGGCUUGA